GCUACAGUACACAAGUAAUUCAAAACUUCUCAUAAAUUCCCCUACAGUGUUCAUUAUAUUGAGUUGUAAAAAUAAUACUAAACCAUUAAAGUUCUUCCCCAAGUUAUUGUCGCGUCUAGUAAUUAAUCUUACAAAAUUACCAACACAAAAUGUUACGAGUUUAUAAAGCAGUUAUUAAGACUUCAGCGAAAACAUUGGCGACAUAACGCGUUAUUAAAAAGAACAGUGUGUGGUAGCGCCAUCUUGCGUGUUUCCCGCGGUUUUCCCGUUUUCCCGCGCGCGGCACGGUGCGCGCGCCCUGCAAUCAAUAGUGGCGCGGGCUGCGAGCGCCCCGCCGCCUCCGCCCCCAUCGCCGCCGCGCUGUCACCCUCGGCACGUCAGCCGACGACGCGGGCCGACAACGUACACUAUUAUUUCAACACUAAAAUGAACAUAAAGUCUCAAAAUUUCGCGGAUAUAUCGCAGCAGGCGUCGCGGCUGUGCCAGCGCAUUCCGUGCUUAUCGGUAUUGUGUUAAGUUUUAUUCAGUGCUUGUUUUAUUUUGUGAAAAUGCAUCUCCAUUUCGAAAGGAACGUGAACGCGAAGUGCGACUGUACAAUAUUGUCGCUGUCAUGGAUGGGGAAGGUGCCGGAUGAGCUGCCGGAGGAGGAAGGCUGGAAGCUGAAUCGCAACAACUACUACCAAGAAGGUUGGCUGGCGACGGGCAACGUGCGCGGCGUCGUCGGCGUUACCUUCACAUCGUCGCACGCGCGCCGCCCGCACGAGCUGCCCCUGCGCACCAACUACAAUCUGCGCGGACACCGCUCUGAUGUGAUCCUGGUGAAGUGGAAUGAGCCGUACCAGAAGCUGGCGUCAUGCGACAGCUCGGGAGUGAUCUUCGUGUGGAUCAAGUAUGAGGGCCGGUGGAGCAUUGAGCUGAUCAACGACCGCAGCACGCCCGUCACGCACUUCUCCUGGUCCCACGAUGGACGGAUGGCGCUCAUCUGUUAUCAGGACGGGUUUGUGCUGGUGGGAUCGGUGGCGGGGCAGCGCUACUGGUCGUCCAUGUUGUCGCUGGACGCGCGCAUCACGUGCGGCUGCUGGACGCCAGACGACGGCCAGGUGUACCUGGGCACCGCCUCCGCGCAGCUCGUGGUCAUGGACGUGCACGGGGCCAUGGUCUCGCAGGUCCAGUUAGUAGCAGAAGGCGGAAUAACAUCAAUGGCUUGGUCUUGCGAGAAGUUCAAAAUGGAAGAAGGCGAAGACAAUACAGACAGCAACACGGGCCACGUGCUGGCGGUUGCCCUGGGCAACGGAGAAAUAGUCCUUCUAAGGGGCCAUGAUGACGUCAGUCCUGUGAGGAUCAAGACUGGGCUGAGGGGCAAUACGUUGGCUAUGGAGUGGGCGAAUUCGAGAGAACUCCUUGCUGUUGCUGGUACCCUGGUAGCUGAGCCGAAUGAGCCUGCGGACGCGCCCCCCUACAAGAACGUGGUCAAGUUCUACUCCGACGCCGGGAUACUCAUCUACACCGUGCCGAUACCCUACACACAGGCGCGCGUGUCGGCGCUGACGUGGGGCCACGCGGCGCGGCGGCUGUUCGUGGCGGCGGGCGGCGCCGUGUGCACGGCGCGCGUGUGGCGCGUGGUGGCGCCGCUGCAGCUGCUGGCGCGCGUGCGCGCCGCCGCCGCGCUGCGGGACCCGCGCCACGCCGCGCGCCUGCCGCUGCCGCCGCGCCUGCAGCCCGCGCUCGCCAACCUCUUCGCGCACACCAUACGGUGCAACGUCCCCGAAACCAACGAGCUCCGUCGCUUCGUGUCCCGCCCGCCGUCCGCCGGCGGCCGCCUGCACUGCACCAUGUUGCGACACGACGAUGAAGAAGCCGGAGCGUAUACCCUGUACCUCGAGCACCUCGGAGGGCUCGUGCCGCUGUUGAAGGGCCGGCGCACCAGCAAGAUACGCCCCGAGUUCGUCAUCUUCGACCCUCAAGCUGAAGGCUCGGAGUGUGUGGGCGGGGUGUUUGCCCGCGAGAGCAGCAGCAGCAGCAGCGGCGCGGGCAGCUCGUCGAGCAGCGCGGGCAGCGAGGGCCGCGCGGGCAGUGCGGCGGCCGGCCCGGCGGGCGGCGAGCGCAGCCGCGCCGCGCCGCGCACGCCGCGACUCACGCGGCGACAGCGCGAUAACAAUGACUCCUGCUCCUCUGACACUGAGCGGGAGGAAGGUUGCUCCGGCUCCCCGCGAUUGCAGCGGCGGCGCCGCGCGCGCGAGCGCCGCAAGGUGCGCAGUCACAGCGACAAGGACGACGCGCCCGACGAACUGGCAUACAUCGACUCCUUGCCGGAGGAUGUCCGCUUAGUGGAAGUUACGUCCAACAUCUGGGGGACCAAGUUCAAAAUGCAUGGACUAGCCAAAAAUGUACCCGCCAACUUAGGCCAAGUCACAUACAAAACGUCGUUACUCCAUCUUCAACCGCGACAGAUGACUCUAAUGAUCACCGAGCUACGGGAUGACUACCCUGUCGGACCAGACCCUAACUUUAACCCAAACAUCUUCUCUGAAGAUGAGGAAGAAGUAUUCCCGAAUAACGACACGAAUUCGCCGUCCCAUACUAAUAAUAAUGUCCGAAGGAAGCUCACUCUGAACGAGCGAAUGAAUAAUGCCAAUAAUAUUAUCAAUCAAAACGAGAGCUUUUCUAACAAUAAUUCAAACGGACCGUCUUUAGCCAGAGCGGAAUCUUAUGAUGAGUUUCCUUACAUAGACACUAGUGAAGUAAACAAUGUAUCGAAUGUAAACGAAGUGUACUCCACUCCGGUGCGUCACCCGCCGCAGUCGACGGAGCGUAGAGUCAACAACACUGCAUCAGUGCCAAACCGUCACGCCAUAUCUCCAUUGCGAUGCGAGAGUUCCGUGCCAACGCUACAAUCACCUAAGAAUGCUGUAGCACCAACGGACAUUAUCUUUGAGAGACCAUCCCCACAGACCGUCACAUGCGGCGGCAGAGGAGACUUCUGUGGUGGUAGAACUGAUUACAGCGUGAGGGGAGACAACGUGUCCUUGAAAGGAAAUAUUUCAGAACAACAGUCCUUCAGCUUGAACCUAACGUUAGAACCAAGCAGACAGGUGACGAUCAAGAAAUGUGACAACCACGUUACAGACAACUGCCUCUCGAAGCUUCGCAAAAAUAUUUGCAGCAGAGGAGAGUCUGCGUCUUAUGAAACUAGGAUUUUAAAGACUUUAUGUAAUAAAAAUUAUGAACAUGAAGUUCAUCCAGACGCGAUGUCUAGGAGAGCCGAUACAUUGAAGAAUUUGCAGCAGAAAGGAGAAGACCUCAAGUUUAUAGAUGAGGAAACGCCCGUAGAUACGACUAUAAAUAACUUGACUGACAAAGUGCGGGAGGUACGAGUGCCGAGGACUACAACUGUCGUCCCUAUAAGUCCCGUCUGCGCUAACGUGCCCGUCUACGAUACUAUGACUCGAAGCUGUAGCGUCGGGUACCUGGACUUAGUCGAUCCUCAAGUACUGCAUGCUCAAGUGAGUCUUUCCGCGUUGAGAGGCGAGCCACCUCGACGGUUGAUUCUAGUCAACAACAAGCGGCACAAACGACCGAAACGACACUUUAGAACCGGCGACAUGAAACAGACGGAAACCAUAAAGACGCCUAGUUUGAAGAAGUGCGGGAAAUCCAAGAGCCUGGACUCGAGCGAGUUGUCGUUGACUGUGGAAAAGAGUAAGAGGCAGUCGCGGGUGGACACGGUGAACUUGAAGGGGGAUAGCGCGUCGGCGAAUUCGAGUAGUAGAUGCAAUAGUACUGGGGGUGAGGAUAAUAGUGGGACGAGUGCGGAGGAGAGCGGGCGGGUGUCGCGGAGGUCGAAGAAGGAGAAGCACGUGUGCUCGGUGUGCCAGCAGAAGUGUCCUUACAAGAACUGCAUCGCGGAGCCGGGCCCCUACACGUGCGUGGUGUGCUCGGCGCGGGCCGCCGCCACCGUGCGCUCGCGCCCGCGCCCGCCGCCGCCCGACAGCGACUCUGACUACAGCAAGUAUUAUAGUUCGCUGGAGCAGCUGGCCAUCCGGCUGCUGGCCACGCGGUCCCGCGCCCCCCGCGCCGCCCGCGCGGGCGCCGAGCGCGAGAGCAGCUCCGCCCCCGCCUCCCCGCGGCCCGCGCGCGCCGCGCCCGCCGCCUCCAGCCCCGCCUCGCCCGCGCCGCACCAGCCGCGCCGGCACCGGUACUCCUCCGCCUCGCCCAUACGACAACUGUUGAACUCCCCGCUGUUGAAUCGUCGCCGCAACAAGAAGCCGUCAGAGAGCUCGGACGAGGAGUCGGCGGGCGGCUACAGCGAGGUCAACAGCCGCAACUACCGCGACCUGGAGACCUUCCAGAAGGCGCAACUUCGGAACAAGAUAAAACGCGCCGGCGGGGUACCAGCCGCAGCGACAAGCAGUGAGCGCUCGUCGCGGCGGCAGCUGAUGAUGCACAACAAGGCGCCUAUGUGGAACGAGAACAGCCAGGUCUAUCAGCUCGACUUCGGCGGCCGCGUCACGCAGGAGUCCGCCAAGAACUUCCAGAUCGAGUACCAUGGGAAGCAGGUGAUGCAAUUCGGGCGAAUAGACGGCAAUGCGUAUACCCUAGACUUCCAGUACCCGUUCUCAGCACUGCAGGCGUUCGCGGUGGCUCUAGCCAACGUGACACAGCGCCUCAAGUGAGCAGCCGCGGCACGGGCCCAUAGCCGCACGAACAACGUCAAGGGAUAUAGAAGACGUCUGGUACCAUUACAUCGGAGCCAUGCACCAAAACAUCAACAGCCUCGCUCACACGCAC